AAUCUCCAAUUCUUCAUAUCAUCAGUCAGCCUCUUCAGUUGUCCGGCAUAAAAGCAAUCCAAACAAUUAUGGAUCCGCCAUCAACAAAAAGACGAAAAAUCAAUUUCACAGAUUCCUCUAUUCCGACUGAACAAGCCUUUCCUUCCUCUUCUCAUUUCACUCCAAAUUCAUGUCCGUACGAUGUCUUUCUCAGCUUUAGAGGUGUUGAUACGCGCGACACUUUUACUGGCCAUCUGCGCAGCAGUUUGGUUCGAAAGGGAAUCAGAACCUUCAUUGAUGACGAGGAGCUUAGAGAAGGAGAAGAAAUUUCAUCCCCACUUCUCAAAGCAAUUGAAGGAUCGAAGAUUUCUAUAGUCAUAUUCUCCGAAAACUAUGCAUCCUCAAAAUGGUGUUUAGAUGAGCUCGUUAAGAUCCUUGAAUGUAAAGAAUCUCCAAAGCAACAACAACUGGUGUGGCCUGUUUUCUACAAGGUUGAUCCAUCCGUUGUAAGGUACCAAACUGGUAAAUACAAAGUGGCACUUGCUAAACAUGAACGCAGAUUAAAGGACAACAUGGACAAAGUGCAAAGAUGGAGGACGGCUCUUACGCAUGCAGCAAAUUUAAAAGGGUGGACUUUCUCGAACGGGCAUGAAGCUAACUUUAUUGACCAAAUUGUAGAAGAUAUUUCGACAAAAAUAUCAAAAUGCACCUAUUUAAAUGUGGCAAACUACCCCGUUGGAAUAGAGUCUCGUGUACGAGAUAUGUUUGAGCUUUUAGAUGUCGGGGGAAGUGAUGUUUGCAUGGUUGGUAUAUGGGGUAUUGGCGGGAUAGGCAAAACAACAAUUGCUAAAGCUGUUUACAACUUAAUUGCCCAUAAGUUUGAAGGUUGUUGUUUCUUGGAAAAUGUUAGAGCAGAUUCAGUACCCCAUCAAGGCCUAGUUCGACUACAGAAUAAUAUUCUUUAUGAGAUUUUAGGGGGCCGGAAAAUGAAGCUGACCAAUGCUGAUAGAGGAAUUCAGGUGAUGAAGGAGAGGUUAGGUAGUAAAAGGGUUCUCUUAGUUCUUGAUGAUGUGAAUGAAUUGAACCAAUUGGACAAAUUAGCUGGAGCAUUGGAUUGGUUUGGUUGUGGCAGCAGAAUUAUCAUAACAACAAGAGAUAAACGUUUGCUAAUUGCUCAUAAAGUCUAUCCAAUUUACACAGCCAAGGCAUUAGAUAACGAUGAAGCCCGUAACCUCUUGAUUUUGACUGCCUUCAAGGAUAACAGAAAUCCAGAUGAGUAUGUGCAAUUCCCAAUUGAUACUGCAGUACUCUAUGCUCACGGCCUUCCAUUAGUUGUAAACAUUUUAGGUUCACUUCUCUGUGGUAAGAGUAUAAAUCAAUGGCAUGCGGCAUUAGACAGUUACAAAAGAUUUCCUAACAGCAAUAUCCAACAAGUCCUAGAAACAAGUUACAGUGCAUUGGAAGAUCCGUUGAAAGAAGCAUUUCUCGACAUUGCAUGUUUCUUAAAAGGUAAACCCAAGGAGUAUGUGAUGCAAGCACUAGAGGGUUCUUACCUCAACCCUGUACAUGCUAUUGAAGUACUUGAAGAAAAAGCCCUCAUAAAUAUUGAUAAAUAUGGUCUGAUUUGGAUGCAUGACUUGCUGGAGGAAAUGGGGAAAGAGAUAGUUCGUAAAGAGUCACCCAAUGAUGCUGGCAGACGUAGCAGAAUAUGGUUUCAUGAGGAUGUUUAUCGUGUUUUAACCGAAAAUACUGGCUCAAAAAAAGUUAAAGGCAUCAGAGUAGAGCUACCAAGAGAAGAUGAGAUAUGCUUGAGUGCUAAAUGCUUUAAAAAGAUGAAAAAUCUUCAACUUUUUAUAAACAUUAAUGCACGCUUCUCUGGAGAGGUUAAAUAUCUCCCAAAUCAGUUGAAGUUCCUUGAUUGGCCUGGAUUCCCAGCACAAUCUUUGCCAUCCGACUUCAAUCCACAAAAAUUAGUCAAGCUCAAUAUGCCAAACAGUCGCAUCUCACGACUUGGGCAAGGACUCAAGAAUUUGCAUAACUUGAAAUCUCUAAGUUUUGAACAUUGCAAAUUCCUAACAGAGGUCCCUGACUUGUCUGGGAUGUUUCCAAACUUGGAGAGGUUGAAUUUAAGAUGCUGUACAAGUUUAACUGAGUUGCAUCCUUCUGUUGGAUUCCUUGAUAAGCUUGUCCACUUCAAUCUCCGGGAUUGCUCUAACCUUAAGAUGUUUCCAAGAAUAGUCAACAUGAGAUCUCUGGAAGAUAUUGAUUUGAGUGGCUGCAAGAGGCUCAGAAACUUUCCAGAAAUUGUGGGAAGGAUAGAAUCCUUAACACAUAUGUAUGUAUCUGGAACUGCCAUCAAAGAAGUGCCUUCAUCAAUUGGAUAUCAUCUCUUUAAUCUUCGGAGUUUGAAUUUAGAAAACAGUGAAAACCUUACAAAUCUGCCACUCAGCAUUUAUGAGUUGCAAGAGCUAUUAAAUCUUCAACUCACAGGUUGCCCAAAAUUAGUGCUAACUCCAAUUUCGAAUAGGGUGAGAUACUAUGAAGGGCCAGCUCCAACGUCCCACUCAACGAUUUCACAUUACGGCAAGGCAAUUUCAUCAAGAGAAAGUGACGGUGAUGAUGAUGUUCAAGACAAGUUAUCCUUUCCUUCACUAAUAUACUUCUUAGGGGGAGGAUGCUUUUCUUCGGACUGUGAUUUCCUUGUGACGCUUGGUUGUGCCUCCACCUUAGAAAUGCUUGAUUUAUCAGAAAGCAAUUUUGUUAGUCUUCCCGCAUGCAUUAGGACAUUUAUCAAUUUGAAUUACCUUAACUUGAAGGGUUGCAAGAGGCUUCAAGAAGUUCCGGAGCUCCCACCAAAUUUGGAAAUGCUAAGUGUGAGAGGUUGCGUAUCAUUGGAAAGAAUUUCAAAGUUAUCAAACAUUUUGAAACGUGAAGAAUGGCAGAUGUUUGAGUGGCUGGACUUGACCGAUUGCUGGAGACUCUGUGACAAUCUGGUUCAGGAGGCAGAGAAGGAAGGUUUGUUAGUGAAUGAUGAUAGUCAUCAGAUGGAGGCUAAUCUCUUCUCUCUUUUUCUCUCUUCUCAGAAGUCUGAAUUCGGGGUUGUAUUACCAGGAAGUCAUGAAAUUCCGAAGUGGUUCAGCAGUCAGAUAGAUUUCAAAGCGAAUGGACCAUUUUUUGAAUUUCAUAUUCAAGUCCUUCCUAAUUUCAAAUGGGAGAACAGUGGAUUGGCUCUUUGUGUUGCUACCGAAGAAAAGCUAGAGUGGCGAUUCGAAAUUCUUAUCAAUGAAGUACAAGUGGAGAAUAAGUUAGAUGAUCGUGGCAGUGUAUAUAAAGCUGAUUCGGCUUGUGUGUGGCUGCUUUAUAUUCCGUUCGAUGGAAUUGAUAUGCAGCCGUUUCGUUAUAAGCGUCCGCUGCCGCCCUUUCAAUGUCGAGUUACUAUUUCUCUAGAUGUCGCUCCUAACGAGGUUGGCUUGAAAAGCUGCGGAGUGCACCCGGUAAUGCCACCAAAUGAAGAGUCUAUGAAACUAUACCAGGCACUGAGAAUCGAAUCAGAGGACGAGUAUCUUGAUGAACUCGAAUCAAGUGAGUCUGACAGCGAGUUGGCAAACAGCUCAAGAGAAGAAGGGCCGUCGGGACUCAAGAAAUUGGAUUGGUGAAAUGGCUGGUCACAGGAUUGCUGAUCCUAGCUGAAGGACCCAGUGUUGUCAAUGAGAUCUGUAGCAUCACUGCACUUGCUUUUAUGCAUCACUGGAAUAACCACAGGAAACUGAAGGCACUAAUUCUGUGUGAAGAAAUCAGUCUGGUUGAUCAAGUGAUAUGCUAAAUUGUAAUAUUAUCCCAUCAUGAAUUUAUGGACACUUUCAAAGUUUCAACAGUGUGGUUAAAAAAAAAGAAGUGUGGUUUCGAUCAAAAUUUGUUGUUGUUUGCUUCAUAGUGAUUUCCUUUUGGUUUUACUCAAUUUGAGAUGCUAUCUGGUUAUUUUCUCCUACUCUCACUUUCUUUCAUGUAAAUGAAUCAAAGCGAGAUAAUUUUCAAGAGAA